AUGCUUCCUGCUCUGAUUGGAUACGGAAAAGAAUUCAAGAACGUUUCGUGGGAUUGCGACGGCGCUUUAAUAAGCGAAAAAUUUAUCAUGAGUUCAGCGCGUUGCGGUCAAACAUCAGCAUCGGGCCCGCCACAAUGGGUUUUACUGAAAGACGUAGUCAAUGAUUUAGAAGCAGAGUACACGACCAAAUCAACAGUUUAUAGUAUUGUCAAAAUCCACUUCCACUCGGAUUACAAGCCAUCAUCGUUUCAGCAUGAUAUUUCGCUUAUUGAGUUGAACACCACAGUCACAUUCAACCCUUACUUGAGGCCAGCUUGUCUGCAUACAUCGACUAUACCCAUUCACAGUUAUACGACCAUUACUGGCUGGGAAAGAUCUGGCAUAGCCGAACAAACCAGCAACAAUUUACUGGAAGCAAUAGUUUACCCACGAGUAGAUCAUCGUGAAUGCGAAGCAUUAUUCAAUGAAAAUGCUACCAACUUAACACGCGUUUAUGAUUCAAAUACCAUGAUUUGUGCUCGAGAUGCAUACAGAGAAGAUCCCUCGUAUUGUCGAUCGUCUGAGGAGAGCCACAUUAAGGCUGACUCGGGAGGUGUGCUACAAAUUGUCCAUGAAUCAUGCACGUGGAGUAUCAUAGGAAUUGCAUCUUUUGGUACUGGACUUUGCCAACAUAACAAGUAUCCGGGAGUUUACACCAAAGUGUCGCAUUACGUAGAUUGGAUCCAGAGUAUAGUUUGGCCUUGA